AAACAAACAGUCAACAACUUUUCUCUAACAGAAGAAAACAUUGAUUUGCAUCAUGUUUUAGUCGGGUUUUCAAAUUUAGUUCACAAAGUAUCUAUUUUCGUAUAACCUAUCUCAAAGCUUUCAACUAUUGUAGAAUUAAGAGUGUGUUCAGUUGAGAAAAUUUAAUUCAUCUUACCGCAAUAUAUAUAAAUUUUGUUACAUGUGUAAAUAUAAAUAUUAUUGAAAUCAGAGUGUCAUUAAAUCACUUAUUAUCACUGUAAGUUAAAUUAAUAAGUGAAAGUAUUAUUAAAGGAUCGUCGGUCUAUUGCAUCUAUAUUAUGCUAAGAAGAAGUCUCCGUUUCUUACAUCCACCAGCAGAAUGGCUUUGCUGCUGCUAUAAAAUACGACCAAAUUUUCAUUCUGCUAAAGUUCUGUGUUCUGCAAAUGAUCGACACUUACCAAAUCCUUCACUGCCUACUCCUGCAAGUAAACUUUACAGUCAUGACGCAGACAUCUUAUUUGAGCAAAUACGAAAAACCAAAAGUAUUGAGAGGUUGCUAGAUUUAGUUUCCAUGCAUUUAGAUGUUAUGAAUACUAAACAUAUUGUAGAAUCAAUGCAGAUAGUCAAUGAUUUUUCUAAAAAACCUGAUUUUAAAGACCAGAAUCUCAUGGAAAAUGAAAUAUUUCAAGGUCUUUGUUCACGUUUGAUGAAGUCCGUUCGAUUGCUCGGACCUCAGGAUAUCAUUACUGUCUACAAGACACUGUCGUCCAUUGGGGUCCGAAACAACACUUACGUGAUGCAGUCUAUCCUGAAGAUGAUGGGGGCACAGCUCAAUCACAUGUCUUUGGGUCAACUGAUAUUCUUACACUUUCUACUCUCUAGGCAGAGGGCCAAUUCUUUGGUGGAUGGUCUGAAAUUAGCCCUGCCUCUUGUUCUGCAAGUGCAAAUAGAACAGCAGCUUGAUUCAGAUAAUCUUGACGAAGUUGUUAACUGCUUGCAGUUGGCCUGUAGGUCCAGACUAAAACCUUCUAUCAUUGAGAGAGUCAUGUCUGUGGUCCUACAAAAAGCAAAACUUCUCUCUGCAUCGAAUGCAGUUUCAAUUGCAUUUGCUCUGCUUAACUUGGAAACCCCCGUGGAUGGUUACAAAGAACUUAUAGGUUACAGUUUUGAAAUUUUAUCGAAGAACAGCGAUUCUCUGAAUCAGAAGCAGACUCUCUCCAUUCUACGCCUCUGCCGGGGCCAGGGUUAUUACAACAGCAGAUUCCUGUUUGCAGUGGCAGACAAGGCCAUUUCUGAGAAGUGGAACUUUGAAUCCACUUACGAAACUGUUUCUUACUUCUACAAGAUGAAUUUUGCUCCCCAAUACUUCAUCGAUUAUUUUGUGGACGUUAUAUGUUCCGAAGCCGAUACCUUAAGAACUAAAUUGAUCUACUCCCCCCUGAAUUGUUUAGAAUAUCUCUCCUUAACUGCCUACCCUCCACCUAGAUUAGACGAAGCGCUAGAGAUACUCUGUUCUUUAGAUCAAAAGAUAUCCAACCUAACAGAAAAAUCAACGAGCCUUCUUGUCAAAUUAAUCGGCUGUUCUGCCACAUGUGGACAUUUUCCUAGAAAAUAUAUUGAAUUAGUUUUAAAUUCUGACUACUUGUUCAGUGCGUGGUCACAAAGUAAGAAACAAGGAAGGGGGAGAGAUUUUGAAAUUAGCAUUUCAGUUUUAGCUUGGAGUUUAGAGGUCUAUGAACAAUCUGAGUCUUAUAAAUUUCCACCAACUGUAUUACAAAAACUUUUGUCUGCUGCAGCUCAAAAGUAUGAAGACUAUCAAAGCCCUAUUGAAAGCUUCAUUCAGCAUGGAAUAGGAGGUGCUCAAUUUCUGCAAUCUGGGCUUUUCACUCAAGAUGGAAUUUUCAUAGAUCAUGUCCUUGGAAUGCGUAGUGGAAAUUAUCCUGUUUCAUUGCAGACUUCAAGCUUCAGUGAUAAGCAUCCACUGACGUCAAGCAGCAUAAAAUUUGUAGAAGACAUUAUAUUACCCGAAGAUGCAAAAAUAGUAGCAAUAAUUGUAGCCCAAGAAGAUCAAUAUUGUAGAGAUCCAAAUGUUCUGAAAGGAUGGGCGAAUCUAAGAGUUAGAUGCUUAAUGAAAAAGAAAUACUGUCCUGUUGUGAUAAAUUUUAACACCUUCAAAGAAAUGCCAGACAGAGAAAAAAUUCCAUACUUGAUGCGAGAAAUAAAACAAGCUACUGAAGGACUUAGUGCUGUUAAUGUACAAUGAAGAAAAAUCACACUCCUGUAUAAAAAAAUAGCUUAUUGAAUAAAUUUAGAUUAUUUCUUUUAA